UGCGGAUAUCCCUAUGUCACUACAGAGCAUUGCUAUAAGUCCUAUGAGUAUAGGAUUAUCUACUAUACUGUAUGGUACCAAAAUCUUUGCGUCUAUUACACUGGCACAUAGUAGGCUUGACGUGACAGCAUUGCCGCCAGCCCCAUAGUGCAUCGCAGAUGUCGCAAUGCUACUAGUUUUUCCCGCAAUAUUACUUGGCGCGACAAUCAAUACUCUAUCGAAUUACCGCCAAUAUUUUAUGGGUACAACUACCAUACCGACAUAAAAAUUCAUAAAUUAGUAAAAAGAAAAUAAACGUGUUUACAAGUGCAUCGAGUAUAUGUAUAUCACAAGCAUAAAUAUAACUCAAUAAAUAAACGUACAAAAUAUAAUAUUUUGUUUUGAUUUUGUUGGAAUUGCUGUUUGUUUUGUAAUGACAGAAACCAGUUUUCAUGAGAAUUCAGUCGCAAUUAUUCCUGCGACAUCAGACACCAUCGCACCUGAUAAUCUCAAUGCUUCUUUCGUCAGUCUAAUUAAUUUAUCACCAAUAACAUUUUGCGACCCUAAUGAAUCAUUAAAAGAUUAUUUAAGCCAUGAUAUUGACAAGCUUAUUGUAUUAUGCAAUUUUGAAAAAAGCCCUAACAAAAUUUUAUCUGAUGAAAUGAGAACGGUACUGGUUAAACAAGUAAUUGACCGUGAAGUAAAUAUUGCACUACGGGAUGCAAAUUUUCAAGUUGGAAAAGAGCCAUUAAAAAAAUUUGUAAUUGAUCGUUCCCGUUUCCUAAAAUUAGCCAAUGAAAUAGCUACCGUAUUUAACGAAGAAUCUGGGCUCUAUUACACACCAUAUUAUCAAGAAGGUGAUGUUAGUGUUAAUCCUAGCGGAAAGCUAUGGGAAAGAUUCAAUGAAGUAAAAAAAAAAAUGCGAGAUGCCGGAAUAUUACAAUCGAAUCCUAAACCUGUAAAAAAUUCAAAAUCUGUAGUUGUAGCUAAUGCAAACACUAUUGAGAAAAUUGAGUGGCUCAAAAAAAACGUUCAACCAGUAGACCAAGUAAAGGAUUAUUGGCGUGAGACUUUCGACGUGCGGCAAAGCAACUGGAAGAAUGAAAAUAAGGCAGAGUCAAGCCCUUUUAUAUACGAGUGCUUAAAGACAGACUUAGGAGUUGAUUUGAUUGAUAUUGAUUUUAAAAGAAUCCAGCAAAAAGUUAAAGAUGACUGUAUUGAUAGCAACUGGCCAAAAGUAGCCAAAUCUAUCCGAAAAUAUUACAGUGUAAAUGAGCAAUUUGUACCAACCGCGACAGCUAAAAAGUUGCUUGGCUUACAUUCAAAUAUAUCUGAAGAUAAGGAUGAAAUUAUUCUUCUUUUAUUAUUAACUUGCAUACUUGACAAUACAUCAGCAAAUUCCGCUACUGUAAAAAAGGUUGGUAAAAAAAGAAAAAAUCUGUGUGGUGAAUCUCCUCCUCAAAAGGUAACUAAAGAUAGUGAGGAUUUAUCGCAAGUUGACCUAACAAAUGACUUUUUGUCAAUCGUUAAGAUUGAAACGCAAGUUCAAGAAAUUAUAGACAAGAAAAAAAGUACAGCAUUAGCGGAAAAGAAGACAGUACAACCGUACAUGUUAUUUGUUGGGACACCUGAAAAGUGUACUAGUUUUUACGUCGUCGUUGAUAAUUAUAAAUAUAAAGUUGUUGAUGCGUUCGCAGCUUUAAAACUCAAUUUCCAAAUCUUUUUUGUUUGGAAUUUACAGUUUCCUAAGUCGUGUAACAACACUUGGGUAUUUAUUCAAAAAUCAAUAUUUGAGAUUUCGACAGUUGGGAAUAAAUAUCCGGCGAAAGUUAAUAAAAUGUUUACUUAUGUGAAGCGCACCGUUGAGGAUAAAAAUUGAUCAUCGCUGAUAAUAUUUACUUUUUUGCUCUUGUCGGGUUACGUUUUUAUAUUUAUUAUUUCUUACAAAUCAGUCUUAUAAUAUACUUUUAAGCUUUAGUCACAUCAAAAAUAACAAGUUUUAACUUGAUUUUACUGUUUUUAAAAAACUGUAAUUUUUAAUAAUUUAAAUAUGACUUCAAAUACAAAAUAUGACAACUUUUUUAACUUACCGUUUUUAAGCGAUUGUAUGACGGAACAGUCAUUAUCAUUUAUUUCGAAUCUUUAUAGUUAUAAUGAUUUAUCUCGCACUCGUG